AUGACUGGCCGAGCCCGAGCCCGGGCCCGCGGCAGGGCCCGAGGUCAGGAGACAGUGCAGCAUGUUGGGGCUACUGUGAGCCAGCAACCUGGGUACAUCCCACCGAGACCUCAGCAGUCCCCCACAGAGGGGGACUUGGUUGGCCGAGGAAGGCAGAGGGGGAUGGUAGGAGCCGCGUCCAAGUCACAAGAACUGCAGAUCUCGGCUGGGUUUCAGGAGCUGUCCCUGGCAGAGAGAGGAGGGCGUCGCCGAGACUUUCAUGACCUUGGUGUGAACACCAGACAGAACCUUGACCAUGUCAAAGAGUCAAAGACAGGCUCCUCUGGCAUCAUUGUGAAGCUGAGCACCAACCACUUCCGGCUGACCUCGCGCCCGCAGUGGGCCCUGUAUCAGUACCACAUCGACUACAACCCCUUGAUGGAGGCCCGAAGGCUGCGUUCUGCACUGCUCUUCCAACAUGAAGACCUCAUUGGAAGGUGUCAUGCUUUCGAUGGGACAAUAUUGUUUUUACCUAAGAGACUUCAGCACAAGGUCACAGAAGUAUUCAGUCAGACUCGGAAUGGGGAGCACGUGAGAAUCACCAUCACCCUGACCAACGAGCUGCCGCCCACCUCGCCCACCUGCCUGCAGUUCUAUAACAUCAUCUUCAGGAGGCUCUUGAAAAUCAUGAAUUUGCAACAAAUUGGACGGAAUUAUUACAACCCAAGUGACCCGAUCGAUAUUCCAAAUCACAGGUUGGUGAUCUGGCCCGGCUUCACCACCUCCAUCCUUCAGUAUGAAAACAACAUCAUGCUGUGCACAGACGUCAGCCACAAGGUCCUCCGCAGCGAGACCGUUCUAGACUUCAUGUUCAAUCUGUACCAGCAGACAGAGGAGCACAAGUUCCAGGAGCAAGUGUCGAAGGAACUGAUAGGCCUCAUUGUCCUCACCAAGUACAACAACAAGACCUACAGGGUGGAUGAUAUUGACUGGGACCAGAAUCCAAAGAGCACCUUCAAGAAGGCAGAUGGCUCGGAGGUCAGCUUCCUGGAGUACUACAGGAAGCAAUACAACCAGGAGAUCACGGACUUGAAGCAGCCAGUGCUGGUGAGCCAGCCCAAGCGGAGGAGAGGCCCGGGUGGCACGAUGCCUGGCCCAGCUAUGCUCAUCCCGGAGCUGUGCUACCUCACAGGCCUCACUGAUAAAAUGCGCAAUGAUUUCAACGUGAUGAAGGACCUGGCGGUGCACACGCGGCUGACCCCUGAGCAGCGGCAGCGGGAGGUGGGCCGCCUCAUCGACUACAUCCACAAGGAUGACAACGUUCAGAGAGAGCUGCGAGACUGGGGCCUGAGCUUCGACUCAAACCUGCUGUCCUUCUCGGGAAGAAUCUUGCAAUCGGAGAAGAUCCACCAGGGCGGAAAGACGUUUGAUUACAACCCACAGUUUGCAGACUGGUCCAAAGAAACAAGAGGCGCGCCGCUGAUCAGCGUGAAGCCAUUGGAUAACUGGCUGCUGAUCUAUACCCGCAGGAAUUACGAAGCGGCCAACUCACUGAUACAGAACCUGUUCAAAGUGACUCCGGCCAUGGGCAUCCAGAUGAAAAAGGCAAUCAUGAUCGAGGUUGACGACAGAACAGAAGCUUAUCUGAGAGCCUUGCAGCAGAAGGUGACAUCAGACACUCAGAUAGUUGUCUGUCUCUUGUCAAGUAAUCGGAAGGACAAAUAUGACGCCAUCAAGAAGUACUUGUGUACCGACUGCCCCACCCCCAGUCAGUGUGUGGUGGCCCGGACCCUGGGCAAGCAGCAGACAGUCAUGGCCAUUGCCACCAAGAUCGCCCUGCAGAUGAACUGCAAGAUGGGAGGCGAGCUCUGGCGGGUGGACAUGCCUCUGAAGCUGGUAAUGAUCGUGGGCAUCGACUGUUACCAUGACACCACAGCCGGGCGGAGGUCCAUCGCUGGAUUCGUUGCCAGCAUCAAUGAAGGGAUGACCCGCUGGUUCUCCCGCUGCGUCUUUCAGGACCGUGGACAGGAGCUGGUGGACGGUCUCAAGGUGUGCUUGCAAGCUGCUCUAAGGGCUUGGAGUAGCUGCAAUGAAUACAUGCCCAGCCGGGUCAUCGUGUAUCGAGACGGUGUGGGAGAUGGGCAGCUGAAGACCCUGGUCAAUUACGAGGUCCCACAGUUCCUAGACUGCCUCAAGUCAGUCGGGAGAGGUUACAACCCAAGACUGACAGUGAUUGUUGUGAAGAAGCGUGUGAAUGCCAGGUUUUUUGCUCAGUCUGGGGGAAGACUUCAGAACCCUCUUCCAGGGACAGUCAUUGACGUGGAAGUCACCAGACCAGAGUGGUAUGACUUUUUCAUUGUGAGCCAGGCAGUGAGAAGUGGGAGCGUGUCCCCAACACACUACAAUGUCAUCUAUGACAGCAGUGGCCUGAAGCCCGACCACAUCCAGCGGCUGACGUACAAGCUCUGCCACGUGUACUACAAUUGGCCUGGAGUCAUCCGAGUCCCUGCACCUUGCCAGUAUGCACACAAGCUGGCCUUCCUCGUGGGCCAGAGCAUCCACAGAGAGCCGAACCUCUCCCUGUCCAACCGCCUCUACUACCUCUAA